AUGAUCAAGCGCUUCCUUCUCUUCGUGCUCUUAAUCAGUCCAGGUGCUGUCAGUGACGCUUUCCUGGCUAUUACGGCCAGCACGGUGCCUGAUGGCACUAUUUCCGUCAACGAGCAGGCUGCGAAGUACAAGGUGCGCGGAAGACAAGCGCUCGAACCAAGCGAAGACAUAACUGCUGCUGCUGUUGGUGAAGAAAGAGCGUCAGUUUUGCCUUCUGGGUUGGAGGAGCAUUUGAAGGCGGCUUCGGAGAAGAUGCACGACUGGAUUGCUUGGAUGGCGAGUAGGUCUGCAUUUUGGAAGAAGGCGAAGUCUGCUCUGACAAAGGAGGAGAAGGUUUUGCAGAAGGCGGACGAUGUCUGGGAGAAAGGAGGUGUUACGGGGAAAAAAGACAAGGUUGCCUGGAGAAAGAGAGGAGAGGCCUCUCGUGUUACUGAGACCGCCAAGAAAAAGUUAUACGGGGAUUUACUGACGAAAGAUAAGGCUAGUCUGCAGAUCGCCCGUGCUGCCUGGAAAGAGAAAGAAGGAGCCUGGGAGAAGACCAAAGCAGCCUGGGAGACGACUGAAGCAGCUUGGAUAGCGAAACUAGACACCAUAGCUGACGAAGCGGAAUCACCAUCCCUGAAUACCCAAAGACUGUCGCUGGAGAUUGAGAUGGUGGAGAGCGAACGGACGUUUCUGGAGAAAAGAGAUCAGUGGAAAUCGGAUCUAAAACAUUGGAAGGUGAAUGAAAGAGACUUACAGAAUAACGUACUCGCUACAAAGUGGAACCUCGUUGAGAUGGAGAUCAAGACGUACCAACCACAGUUCGAAAAGAUGAAGGCGCGCGGCGUUACUCGAGAAGCAUACCGAAAGCUGCUUGGUCUGAAAUCGUCCAUCAUUGCCGACAACAACUCGAAGAAAGAUGUCAUCAAUAGUGACUCCUUCGAUGGGUCGCAGUACGCGAAAUAUCUGUGUUUCGACAAGUACCUCGAAUACGAGGGAGAAUCAAACAAACUGGUGGAAUGGGCCUACACAUACUUUAGACCAAACGAGUGGAAAGCAUAG